GGCCGGCAUGGCCUGAGUGCCCGGGGCGCGGCGGCGGCGGCGGCAAAGCGGCCGGAGGGCGCCAUGGGGAACCAGGACGGGAAGCUGAAGAGGAGCGCAGGUGAUGCCUCGCACGAAGGCGGCGGCGGCGGCGGCGCCGAGGAUGCUCCGGGGCCCAGGGACGUGGAGGCCACAAAGAAGGGGAGCGGGGGCAAGAAGGCGCUGGGCAAGCACGGCAAGGGCGGCGGGGGCGGCGGCGGGGAGCCCGGCAAGAAGAAGAGCAAGUCGGACUCCAGAGCCUCGGUGUUCUCCAACCUGCGGAUCAGGAAGAACCUGUCCAAGGGGAAGGGCGCCGCGGGCUCCCGCGAGGAUGUGCUGGACGCGCAGGCCCUGCAGACCGGGGAGCUGGACAGCGCUCACUCCCUGCUCACCAAGACGCCCGACCUCAGCCUCUCGGCGGACGAGGCGGGCCUGUCGGACACCGAGUGUGCGGACCCUUUUGAGGUGACCCGCGCGGGGCGUCCCCGGCCUGCCGAGGCGGGGGUCGGCGGCCGGGCGGUCGCCGAGGAUUUGGAAACUGCAGCGGGGGCGCAGGAUGGACAAAGGACCAGUUCGGGUUCGGACACGGACAUCUACAGCUUCCACUCGGCCACGGAGCAGGAGGAUUUGCUUUCAGACAUCCAGCAGGCGAUCCGCCUGCAGCAGCAGCAGCAGCAGCUGCGGCUCCAGGGCUCCGAGGAGCCCGCAGCGCCCCCCGCCGCCACCUCCCCUCUGCCUGGGGCCUUCCUGGGCCUGGACCAGUUCCUGCGGGGGCCGAGCGGCGGGGCUGGGGGAGCCCGGGACAGUGUGGACGCGGAGCAGGCGCUGGCCGCGCUCUCCGACCCGCCCGAGAGCCGGGUCGCUGAGCCCCCCGUGCCCGCGCGGCCGCGGUCCCCGGGCGGCCUCCCCUCCUCCGAGGCGCCCGGCCUCGCGGGGGCCCGAGACUCGCCCUCGUCCACGGCCUUCCCGUUUCCCGAGGCCGGGCCCGGGGAGAGCGCGGCCGGGGCGCCGGUGCGGAGGGCUGGGGACACGGACGAGGAGGGCGAGGAGGAUGCGUUUGAGGAUGCCCGCCGAGGCUCUCCGGGCGAGGAGUGGGGCGGGGUGGUGGGAGAGGAGGCCCCGCCGCCGAGGCCGGAGGGGGAGCCGGGGGAGGGGGCGCGAGGGCCCGGCACCCCCACCGGCGCCUCCCUGCCCGGCAGCCCCGCGCCCAGCCCGCGCUGUUUCAAGCCCUACCCGCUCAUCACCCCCUGCUACAUCAAGACCACCACUCGGCAGCUCAGCUCGCCCAAUCACUCCCCGUCCCAGUCCCCUAGCCAGAGCCCCAGCAUCAAGAGGCGGCCGGAGCCCUCCCUGAGUCGGGGGCCCAGAGCUGCCCUGGCCUCCGCGGCCGCCCCGGCCAAAAAGCACCGGGUGGACGGCGGCCUCGCGGGCGGCCUGAGCCGCUCUGCGGACUGGACCGAGGAGCUGGGCGGCCGCUCGCCCCGGCCGGGAGGCUCCGCGCACCUGCUGGAGUGCGGAGUGGCCGCGGGAGGCGGCGACGGGGGGGUGUCCCCGGCACCCGCCACCAAGGCGUCCGGGGCAUCCGCGGCUGCAGAUGGCUUCCAGAAUGUGUUCACAGGGCGAACUCUGUUGGAGAAGCUGUUCAGCCAGCAGGAGAACGGGCCGCCAGAGGAAGCGGAGAAGUUUUGCUCCCGGAUCAUUGCCAUGGGGCUUCUGCUGCCUUUUAGCGACUGCUUCAGGGAACCGUGUAAUCAGAAUGCCCAGUCGAGUUCAGCCUCGUUCGACCAAGAUCAGCUUUACACCUGGGCUGCAGUUAGUCAACCCACACACUCACUGGAUUACUCUGAAGGACAGUUUCCCAGGCGGGUUCCAUCUGCAUGGGCACCAUCUAAGCCUCCUGAAGAAGAACACAGACCCAUGGAAACAGAGGAUGAUGAAGAAUCUCAAUCUGCUGUUUUGGAAACUCCAAGAAAAGGUUCAGAUGCCAUCCAGCAGGAAGUUUCCGACGUGAAGUCUGAGGGGCAGGCGACAGUCAUUCAGCAGCUGGAGCAGACCAUCGAGGACCUGAGGACCAAGAUAGCCGAGCUAGAGAAGCAGUACCCUGCCGUGGACGUGGAGGUGGCCGGUGGCCGUGCAGGGGCUGAGAAUGGAGUGGCACCUUCGCACGACGCCCGUUCCGAAGCUCUCAGGUUAGGAGAAGAUGAUGUCCGGCCUCACAGGGUUUUGCAGGCCAGGUCCAUGCAGACUUCGCCCACGGAGGAGGGCGGGACCCUGGCGCUGCCGCAGGUGGCCGCUGCCUCCUCGCCGCCCGGACCCCAGGCGAAGUUCUGUUCGGAGAUUUCUUUGAUCGUGUCUCCACGGAGAAUAUCGGUCCAGCUCGAGGCCCAGCAGCCCGUGCAGGGCGCGGCGCAGCCUCCGCCGCCUCCACCCCUCCCGUGGGCCGGCGGUCAGGGACAGCCGGGGGCGCAGCCGUCCCGUCCUCCUGUCCGUACUGAGUUUGAAACCAGCCACGAACACUCUGUUUUCUCCUCCUCGGGAAACAGCUAUAACGUCCCGUCCCCACCGCCGCUGCCUUGCACAGAGUCCUCCAGCUCCAUGCCCGGCCUGGGCACGGCGCCUGCCCCGCCCGCCCCCCUCCCUGGCGCGACAGUGCCUGCGCUACCCGGCGCAGCCAUCCCCCCACCUCCUCCUCUGCCGGGUCUGGACGUGCUGCCACCCCCGCCCCCUCCUCCUCCCGGAGCGGGAAUACCCCCUGCCCCUCCUCUUCCUGGUACAGGAAUACCCCCGCCCCCUCCUCUGCCUGGAGUGGGAAUACCCCCUCCCCCUCCUCUUCCGGGUGUGGGGAUACCCCCUCCCCCUCCUCUUCCGGGUGUGGGGAUACCCCCUCCGCCCCCUCUACCUGGUGUGGGAAUACCCCCUCCUCCCCCUCUACCUGGUACAGGAAUACCCCCUCCCCCACCUCUUCCCGGAGUGGGGAUACCCCCUCCCCCACCUCUGCCUGGUACAGGAAUACCCCCUCCCCCUCCUCUACCUGGAGUGGGAAUACCCCCUCCCCCUCCUCUUCCUGGAGUGGGGAUACCCCCUCCCCCUCCUCUACCUGGAGUGGGGAUACCCCCUCCCCCUCCUCUACCUGGAGUGGGAAUACCCCCUCCUCCUCCUCUACCUGGAGUGGGAAUACCCCCUCCUCCCCCUCUUCCUGGAGUGGGGAUACCCCCUCCCCCUCCUCUACCUGGAGUGGGAAUACCUCCUCCCCCACCUCUACCUGGAGUGGGAAUACCUCCUCCCCCUCCUCUACCUGGAGUGGGGAUACCUCCUCCCCCACCUCUGCCUGGUACAGGAAUACCCCCACCUCCUCCUCUACCUGGAGUAGGAAUACCUCCUCCCCCUCCUCUUCCCGGUGCAGGAAUACCUCCUCCCCCUCCUCUGCCAGGUAUGGGGACUCUACCUGCUCCCGGUCCACCUGUCCCUCCCCCGCCGCCACCCCCUCUGCUUCCCGGAUCAGGUCUCCCGCUCCCCGCCCAAGCUGGCAGUAGCACUUUAUCGACACCGCAAGUGUGUGGAUUUCUUCCUCCUCCGCUGCCGUCUGGCUUGUUCGGACUAGGGAUGGGUCAGGAGAAAGCGAGCAGGAAGCAGCCGAUAGAGCCUUGUCGCCCAAUGAAGCCUCUUUAUUGGACAAGAAUCCAGCUGCACAGUAAAAGAGACUCCAGUGCUUCACUUAUUUGGGAAAAAAUUGAAGAGCCAUCCAUAGAUUGUCAUGAAUUUGAGGAAUUAUUUUCUAAAACUGCUGUAAAGGAGAGAAAGAAACCUAUUUCUGAUACUAUCUCAAAAACGAAGGCUAAACAAGUUGUCAAGUUAUUAAGCAACAAAAGAUCGCAAGCAGUUGGAAUAUUAAUGUCUAGUCUUCAUUUAGACAUGAAAGACAUACAACAUGCUGUUGUGAACUUGGACAAUUCAGUCGUUGACCUGGAGACCCUUCAAGCUCUCUAUGAGAACAGAGCACAGUCAGAUGAACUGGAAAAAAUUGAAAAGCACGGCCGGUCUUCCAAAGACAAGAAGAAUCCCAAGUCUCUGGACAAACCUGAACAGUUCCUUUAUGAGCUGUCACUAAUCCCCAACUUUUCAGAGCGAGUCUUUUGCAUCCUGUUCCAGUCCACGUUUUCUGAAAGCAUUUGCUCCAUUCGUCGCAAACUGGAAUUACUACAGAAGUUGUGUGAGACAUUAAAAAAUGGCCCAGGGGUUAUGCAGGUUCUGGGUUUGGUUCUAGCUUUUGGCAACUACAUGAAUAGUGGAAAUAACACUCGGGGGCAGGCAGAUGGCUUUGGAUUAGACAUUCUUCCGAAGCUGAAAGAUGUCAAAAGCAGCGACAAUAGCAGAAGCCUUUUGUCAUAUAUUGUUUCAUAUUAUCUUCGAAAUUUUGAUGAGGACGCUGGGAAGGAGCAGUGUGUCUUCCCACUGCCAGAGCCCCAGGACCUUUUCCAGGCCUCUCACAUGAAGUUUGACGAUUUCCAAAAAGAUCUCAGAAAACUGAAGAAAGACUUGAAAGCCUGUGAAGUUGAAGCAGAGAAAGUAUACCAGGUCUCCUCAAAAGAGCACAUGCAGCCUUUCAAAGAAAACAUGGAACAAUUUAUUAUUCAAGCUAAAAUUGAUCAAGAGGCAGAGGAGAAUUCAUUGGCAGAGACCCAUAAAUGCUUUUUGGAGACUGUAGCCUAUUUCUUCAUGAAACCAAAACUUGGAGAGAAGGAGGUGUCUCCAAAUGUUUUCUUCAGUAUCUGGCAUGAAUUCAGCUCUGAUUUUAAAGACUUCUGGAAGAAAGAGAACAAACUUAUUCUACAAGAGAGAGUAAAAGAAGCCGAAGAGGUGUGUAGGCAGAAAAAGGGAAAAUCACUUUAUAAAAUAAAACCAAGACAUGACUCUGGAAUUAAAGCAAAGAUAAGCAUGAAAACCUGAACAGUGAAAAGCAGAGUGAAAAUGAGUAAUUGCAACGACUUUUACACAAUUCAGCUGACCUGAGGGUGGGAAGAAAACUACAGCAAUUCUGAUCAUUUUUCUUCUUGACCUCUUGCAUAAUCUUUGUGUUUUCUAGACAGUUCACUAAUUGUUGAAUUUUACUGUAUAUUCGUAUAAAAAUACAAAAGCACUAGACCAGUGGAAAAUCUGACACCUUUUCUUUUUGUAAAAGUUUAUGGUAUUAUGGCGAUAGACCAAAACAGCAUGUAUAAGAGGCAGUAUCUGCACUAAUUCUGAACAUGCUAAACAUUAACCUAAAAUUUACUUUUGUGAGAAUAUUCCUUGUCACGACAAAGACACUUUCCUUUCUACUGACAACCAGUACUCCAUAUCACUGCAUUUAGAUAUAUGGGUAAAAUGUUACUUCUAGUGAAUUGUUUCAAUUUCACAUCUACAUAUAGAUUUUCUAUUUUAAAAUUUAAGUACCAUUUAUAUAUCGUAAUCAGUGCUUUCCCAACUCUUGGGUUGCUCUCCAUAACUAUAUAUUUGUGAAGGAAGAUUAUCAUUUUCACAAGUCAGGUAAUGAAUAGAAAAAAAAUACAGCAAAAGAAAAACUCUUUCCUAUAAAUUAUUUAAUAUAGACAGAAAUCAGAGUUUUAAGUGCAAGGAAACAGUAGUGGUUUUUCCCUGGUGUUGUUUUAUAGUCUUCCCACCCCCUUCAGUGCUUCCAAUGUGUAUAUUACCAUUCUUCAAUGAAAUAAUAGGGCAUUUAACAAAGAUCGCUAUGUGCAAUACUGUUUCUAGUGUUUCUAUUUCAAUUUUUUUAGGAUGUUAAUUUUUAUGAAAAUAAAAUGAGUUAAUAAUAAAACAAUAGUUAAUAAUAAAAAGAGUUCUGUGUCUGUUAUGUGAAUAUUGCACAAGGAUAUUUGUAAAAUACAGCCAUGGUGUUUGACAUGGGAUCAGGGGUGAGAGAAGGAGAGAAAAUGAAUUAGUCUGCAUAUUCCCAUGCACAA